CCGUUGUGUUUGGGGACGGGUUGUCAGCUCGUGGACGUCAAUUUGCCAUUCUUUUCGGUCGUCACGUCAAGUUUUGUGCUGCGGUGUGGCACAUGUGCCGCAGUUAGUGUCCUUUCUUCGCGGUUUACGGGGAUUUAUCAGGCAAUCGAAAUGGAGUACAUGGAUUUCGGGGGUGCUGUCAAGCAGGAAACGGAAAACAAGGCGCAAAUAUUAUGUUGCGAGUGUGGUAUUCUCAUCGAACCAAAUCCAGCAAAUAUGUGUGUCCAAUGUUUGCGAAAUCAUGUUGACAUCACAGAAGGCAUUCCAAAACAAGCUGUCCUAUACUUCUGCAGGAAUUGUGAAAGGUAUUUACAGCCCCCAGGGGAGUGGAUUCACUGUGCACUCGAAUCGAGGGAUUUACUCGCACUUUGCCUGAAACGCUUAAAAGGUCUGAAAGAUGUAAAACUCAUUGACGCCGGGUUCGUAUGGACCGAGCCACAUUCACGACGUAUCAAAGUAAAAUUAACUGUGCAUGGUGAAGUUCUGGGAGGAACCGUUUUGCAACAAAUAUUCAUUGUUGAAUUUACGGUUAACAACCAAAUGUGUGACGAUUGCCAUCGAACUGAAGCAAAAGAUUAUUGGAGGUGCUUAGUUCAGGUGCGUCAACGGGCAGAGAACAAGAAAACGUUCUACUACUUGGAACAGUUGAUUCUGAAACACAAGGCUCACGAAAACACAUUGGGUAUCAAACCGAUACACGGUGGACUGGAUUUCUUUUAUUCAUCUGAGAACCAUGCCAGAAAAAUGGUUGAUUUCCUACAUACAAUGCUUCCCGUAAAAUCAACGAAUUCAAAACGUCUUAUUUCGCAUGAUAUUCACAGCAACUCUUAUAAUUACAAGUACACAUUCAGUGUGGAAAUUGUUCCGGUUUCGAAAGAUAGCUUAGUGUGCUUGGGUAAAAAAUUACAGCAGCAAUUGGGCGGUAUUUCGCCACUUUGCCUAGUGCAGAGAGUUGCGAACACGAUUCACUUAAUCGAUCCAGUAACUGCUCAAAUUGCUGAAGUGACGAGCACAGUUUACUUCCGAUCUCCAUUCGAGGCUAUCUGCAAUCCUAAACAAUUGGUUGAAUUCAUCGUCAUGGAUAUUGAAGUUAUUUACGACAAAGAUCGUAAAUUUUUCCCGGGUCAAGGAAAAAUCUCCAACAAACAUGUCCUCUGUGAUAUUUGGGUAGUAAAAGCCUCAGAACUCGGAGUAAAUGACAACACAAUCCAUACAAAAACCCAUUUGGGACAUCUUUUGAAGCUCGGAGACUCAGUUCUAGGGUAUAAUCUGGAAGACGCCAAUAUCAAUAAUGAUGAUUUCGAAAAAUUGGACAAAGAACGAAUUCCAGAUGUGGUACUUGUUAAGAAAUUCUAUGGGGACAAGAUGGAUCGCGUGAACUUGAGAAACUGGAAGUUGAAACAUUUGGCUGACGAGUCAACUGACUUUGAUAGAAAGAACAAUGAUUACAACGAAUUCUUGGAAGAUCUGGAGGAAGAUGUUGAAAUGCGGCAAAAUAUUAACAUCUUCAAGGAUCCAACUAAACAAAUUCCUGUCACAGUGGAUGAAGCGGAAAGCAGUGGGUUGCCACGUAUCACGUUGGAGGAAAUGUUGGAUGAUCUAGUUUUAGACGAUGUUGAAAUGGGCGAAGAUGAAAGUUAGUCUAUGAGGACUUCCUAAUUCCCAGAAGCAUUAUUGUUUGCCUCAGGUCGUGUUUCUAAUGAAUGAAAUGCAAAAUUGUAUAUUCAACUAUACGGAAAAUUUGAACCUAAUAAAGUGUUUUCUUUAUAAAUUUCAA